AUGGCCUCCUUCGUGCCGCGAAGGGUCUUCCCCACCCUCGACUCCCUCCCUCGCUCUUACUUUCUAGGCCAUCACCGCGCAGGUCUAAAUAAGAUGAAGACGAUGCUCACGUACAUAGACCUGGUCAUUGAAUGCCGAGACUAUCGAGUACCGCUCACAUCUCGCAACCCGCUCUUCGAGGAAAAUCUAGCUGGAAGGGAAAGAUUGAUUGUCUACACAAAGAAGGAUCUGGGCAGUGAAGGCAGGCAGCAGGACAAAAGUAGAGAACGGCUGAUUCAAGAAUGGCAACAGCCCAGCUCAGUACUUUUCUCUGACCACAAGGAUAAAAGCUCUAUCCGAAAAGUUCUCAACUUCGCUCGCGACCACGCUGCAGCCAAAGAUUCCCUGAUGGGCUCCAGGAUGAUGGUUGUCGGAAUGCCCAAUGUGGGCAAGUCAUCUCUUCUGAAUGCUCUACGGCAGGUCGGUGUCCACAAGGGGAAGGCGGCACACACUGGCGCUCAACCUGGAGUGACUCGAAAGAUUGGAACGACGGUAAAGAUUAUCGAGGGCGAUGAGAACAAUGAGGGCGUCUACUUGAUGGAUACGCCCGGUGUCUUUGUCCCGUACGUGCCGAAUGCAGAAGUCCAUGCUCAAACUUGCCCUGUGUGGAAGCGUCAAGGACACCAUCAUUCCUCCGACGACUUUAGCAGACUACCUACUCUAUCAGAUGAACAUCUAUGA